AUGCGGCGGGCUCGGCGCUUUCGCCUUCUCGCCCUCGUUGUGUUCGUCGUGGUGCCUUCUUGCUCCUUUAAGCUUAAUGCGCCCAAAGUGUUGCUGCCCUUCAGCCGGGAGAUCAGGGUGUCUUUCGUGCUGGAGGCCGAGGGGGGCUGUUACUCGUGGCGUUCCAUGCACGACAACGUUGUCACAGCUGAGCCCUUUCAUGAGAAUGGUGCUGCGUGCUCCCAGAAAGCCCUGCUGUCUGCUCAGUCCACACAGCCCACCAGGCUGAGCAGUGCUGUGAUGGCUGAGGAGCACGUCACCGGCCACACACUCCGCUGCGACGUGAUGGUUGAUGUGAUCAACAGCAUUGAGAUUCUGUCCCGAACUCGGGAGAUCUACGUGGAGGAUUCUCCCCUGGAGCUGGCAGUGAGAGCCCUGGAUGUCAAAGGCAACACGUUCAGUAGCUUGUCAGGAAUGGUUUUUGAGUGGAGCGUCGCAAAGGAUGAGGAUGUGGACAGCGUGGAAUUGUCAGACAAAAUAAGGAUUUUAAAGUACUCGGAAGCUGACUAUUCCCCACCAAACCACAUCGUUGAGCUGGAAAGAGCAGAAAAACAAGGAGACAGAAUCCUGGUGUCAGGAAUCACGACUGGAGCAGCGGUUAUAAGAGUGCGAGUACACGAAUCGACCUACAAGAAAGUGGCUGCUGCUGUGGUACGCCUGCUGGUUCUGGAGCACGUAGUGCUGAUCCCCGCUCACGAUGUUCACCUCCUGGUUGGAGCACUUGUGAAAUACAGAGUUGCAAAAGUUGUGCGGGGGAAGAUGACAGAGCUGGAAUUUCCUCUGGAGCAUUACGAGCUGCAGCUUCGGGAUCAGGUCGCUGCUCCUGGGGGCUCUGAGCUCCUGCCUGUGGCCAACCUGGACGGGAGGAGCGGCGCCGUGCGAGCCGUGCAGCUGGGGCAGAGCGGCCUGGUUGUGGUCCAUCGCA